UUUGUUUCUGAGCGACACAGACGAAGAGGCAUACGAGCAUCAUAAAGUCACCUCAGGACACAGCGCAAGGCCUGGAGAUGGGAUUUCUGUCCCCUACCUCCGAGCCGCCGCCACGGCCGAGCCAGGCUGGACGCGUUCCAGCUUAUUGAUGAGUAUAGGAAUUUAAACAUUAAACUGGGCGCUGGCAGCGCUACGCCCGGAGCAAGGCGGCGCCCGUCGGAUCGUGCGGACUGUGCCCCGGGGCAAGGCCCCGGCCCGGCCCCGCCUCGGCACCUUCGGUCCGUUCUCUUCCGUCGCGGAAAUGGCUGAGGAGCUGCUGUCUCUGCGAGAGCAGCUGGUGGCCGAGGCCACCUGCCCCUUGUGCCUGGAUUUGUUCGAGCAGCCCGUGCUCACGCCGUGCGGGCACAGCUUCUGCGGGCAGUGCCUGGCGGGCGUGCUGGGGGACCCCCCGCGCCGCUCCCCCUGCCCGCAGUGCCGCGCCCCGGUGGAGCCGGGCUCGCAGCGCCCCAACCGCUCCCUGGGCAACAUGACCGGGCUGGCCCGGUCCCUGGAGGAGGUGGCGGCGUGGCCGCGGUGUCCCCAGCACGGCAAGCCCCUGGCGCUGUUCUGCGAGCCCUGCGCCGCCCUGGUCUGCGCUCCUUGCCGGGACGGCCCCGAGCACCGCCAGCACCGUGUCCGCCCCGCCGAAGAGGCCGCCCGGGAGCUGCGGGUGACGGUGACGUCGGAGUUGCAGUGUGUGACUGAGACCUUUGAGGAGCUGCAGCAGUACCUGGAGGAGGAGAAGAAGACCCUGCUGGCCGAGCUGGAGCAGAUGUCCCAGGAGCUGGUCAAUAAGAGCAAGGAAUACAAGUGCAGGGUUUUGGAGAGGCAGUCGCUGCUGGACUCGGUGAUUGCGCAGAUCAAGGAGAAGAGGGACCAGCCGGCAGUUGAGUUCCUCAAGGAUGUUGGCAGAAUCCUGAGCAGCUGUGAGGCAGCCAAGGCUCCAAUCCCAGAGCCAGUUUCCCCAGAGCUGCAGAGGAGCAUUGAGAGCCUCUCUCAGAAAAGCCAGAGGGUUGUGGAUAUGAUGGCUGAAUUCAAAGUGAACCUGUGGCGCGAGAUAGACUGGGGCAUAAGGGAGCAGGUGAAGCUGGACCCAGAGACAGCGCAUCCUUGCCUGAUCUUCUCAGAUGACUACAAAAGGGUCCAGUUAGGAGCUGGAAAACAAAGCCUCCCUGACACCCCCAAGAGGUUCAGGGGCCUCUUCUGUGUCUUGGGCUCCCAGGGGUUCACAUCUGGGAGGCAUUACUGGGAGGUGGAGGUUGGGGACGGGCACUCCUGGGACGUGGGGGUGGCCCUGGAGUCUGUGCCGAGGAAGCAGUGGUUCGACCUGCCCAGAUCUGAGAAGCUCUGGGCCCUGCGACUGCACUGGAAUUGGAAGUACGUAGCAGUCUCAAUGAUCUUUAGGGACCUGGCAGUCAGGGGAAAACUCCACAGAAUCUGGGUUUGCCUGGACUACGAAGCCGGCCGAGUGACCUUCUACAAUGCAAAGGACAUGACGAAGAUUGUGCAGUUUAAGACCACCUUCACUGAGAAAGUCUUCCCGUAUUUUUGGGUCUAUUCAAAAGAAAGCCACAUCCGGGUGUGUGACUGACAGGGUGAGAUGGCUGCCGGGCCCCUGUUGUAUUGCACUAAAUAAUUUAUGCAGUUGUUUCACACUAGGUCAUUGGAGAUUUGCACUGAAUAGUUUAUGUUGUAUCAUAUGGUUUGUUCUUCCCCUCUCCUACCGUAUGGUUUUCCCUCAUCCACCCCUCUCCCCAGUACCACAUGGUGGUCUCUCCCCUGGUUUACCACUUCACACUGGUAUCCCAUUGGCUGUAGUCCUCUUCCUCCGCCCCUCAUUCCUCGGCUUAAAAGUCUCCAGCCAGGAAGCAGUAGUCUCUUUCCCACCUUGGAAAUAAACAUACUGUGUUUGUCUCCAAGUGGAGAA